AUGGUCUCGAGCGUUACUACGCCGCAGCCGCAAGCAGCAGCGCCCACAGCGAGCCAGUGCCAUCAUAUCGCACUCGCCGCUGCCACCUCCGCCUUGCUCGCAUUCUGGGUCGCGUUUCAACUCGGCGGCGGCUCGACCGGCCUGCCUGGCGAGUUCCGCGCCGCGGGAACUCCAGUCGACGCCUUUGAUCAUGCGAUGCGCACACCGUUUAAAGAGUCGCGGAAAUAUGGCGCCUCUCCAACCGCCUCCCCUUCUCUCCCUAUGAACUUAACUACAUCCUCUGUGAUCGGUCACGAGCGGUUGAGAACGGUGGAGGGGAGGCAGUGGGCGGUGCAUCACUGGCAGCAGGUGCAGGUGCAGCUGGUGGCGGCAGAGGCUGCCAGCGGGGCGGAACUGCGCAUGCCGCCUCUGCUGCUGUGCCGCGCUGACAGCGACAAACACACCCUCGCCUCUUCCCCGCACUCACUCUCCCUCUCCACCUCCAGUGAAACUGCUGCUGCUGCUGCUGCUGCUGAUGCUAAUGCUGCUGCUGCCCAGCCCCUUUCUGUCUCCUCCCCACCGCCCUUUCCCUUCGCUGCUGUGGAAAGGGAACUGGUUACUGCCGCAGCCGCAGCUGGGGGUGCUGGGGUUGCUGGAGAGCCUGGGGGGAAGACUGCUGGGGCUGCUGAGGGGGCUGGGGGUGAUAGGGUUGCUGCUGCCCCUGGUGCUGCUGGGAGUUUGAAAGAGGUUGGAGUCCCAGUUGGUGAGUCAGACCUGGCACUGUUCCUGAAGGGGAGAGAGGGAGUGGAGGAGGGGAGGAAAAGAGGGAUGCGUGUUAGUGCUGAGAACAUGGAAAGUUCAGAGGACUUGCUAGUGAAUUAUGAAGAUGAAGCAGAUGAAGAUGAAGCAGAUGAAGAUGAAGCAGAUGGAUAUGAAGAGGAGAGUUUGGAGGGAUCUGGAAAAAGCGAUAUCGUUGCUGAUUACUCAAAUGCAGUGAUUACAGCAGCAGCACCAGCAGCAGCAGCAGCAGCAGCAGCACCACCGCCGACACCAGCAGCAGCAACAGCAGGCGCAGCUGAAACGGCAGGCAGAUUCACCGGCGCAAAUCAGAGGCGGUGGCGGCGGCGCAGAAAACCAGAAAGCAUGGGUGCAGUGUCCAUCUGCCUGCGCCCCUUCCACACGCGCCAAAUGUUCUCCGACAAUAUAGCUGUCUCCGACGCGCGCUUACUCGAAUGGAUCGAUGCGUCUCUGCUGAUGGGAGUGGAUCGCGUCUAUGUGUACGACCGCUACGCCACAGCCAAGCGGGAGUUGCUAUUGCCGUACAUGGCUAGGGGCCAGGUGGUGCAUGUGCCGUUCCCCCCCUGGUCGGAGGUGUUUUAUCGCCAGGAGCAGUUUGCUGGAAAGAGCAAUGCUCCGUAUGCGGCCAUUCAGCUGCGGCGGUUCAACGUCUGGGAAGAAACCAAGGAGGCCCGGGGGGAGCCUGUAUGGCACCAUUUUCCCACGGCAGGCCAUUCAGCAAUACCUCGUCCCUCCACUCUCACACGGCAGGCCAUUCAGCAAUACCUCGUCCCUCCACUCUCACCCGGCAGCCCAUUCAGCAAUACCUCGUCCCUCCACUCUCACCCGGCAGGCCAUUCAGCAAUACCUCGUCCCUCCACUCUCACAAGGCAGGCCAUUCAGCAAUACCUCGUCCUCCACUCUCACCCGGCAGGCCAUUCAGCAAUACCUCGUCCCUCCACUCUCACCCGGCAGGCCAUUCAGCAAUACCUCGUCCCUCCACUCUCACCCGGCAGGCCAUUCAGCAAUACCUCGUCCCUCCACUCUCACCCGGCAGGCCAUUCAGCAAUACCUCGUCCCUCCACUCUCACCCCUUACCCAUGGCAGGCCAUUCAGUUGCGGCGGUUCAACGUGUGGGGGGAAACCAAGGAGGCCCGGGGGGAGUGUGUGACAGACCGCCUCAUGUUUCGCAGCAAAUUGCCGGCGUAUGAUCACGGCAUGCACAGAUACCAUGACAAAGUGGCUGUCAACCCUCAGACGAUCCUCCCCUACACGGUGGGCAUCCAUGCCACCACAGCUCCAGAAGACUCCACAGCGGUAGCGCCACCAGAGGUGCUGCGGCUGAGCCACUACACGGCAGGGCAGAUCGACCUGCACUUUGCUCUGAGCAACGACUCCAUGAGUGCUGUGGAGGACCCGGGGCUCUUCUGGUCACCGCAGCCUGUAUCACCCACUUCACUGCUCACCACGGUGGGCAUCCAUAGCACCACAGCUCCAGAAGACUCCACAGCGGUAGCGCCACCAGAGGUGCUGCGGCUGAACCACUACACCGCAGGGCAGAUCGACCUGCACUUUGCACUCAGCAUCGACUCCACGAAAGGGCUCUUCUGGUCGCCUUUUGAGACGUCUCAAAACUCCAUGAGUGUUGUGGCGGACCAGGGGCUCUUCUGGUCGCCUUUUGAGACGUCUCAAAACUCCAUGAGUGUUGUGGCGGACCAGGGGCUCUUCUGGUCGCGCAACCGCACGCGGGACUGCCGGGCGCUGCCUUGCGGUGCGAGGGAUACUAUUAACCCGAACACUCCUGUGGAGUGCUGCCCCCUCUGCCAGCCGCCUUGGGUCGGGCAGGAGUAG